CACCUGGUUCUUCUUCUUCCGUGUUCUUCAAAAUCGAAUCUGAAGUUUCUGAAUCUCACAAUCUCAACACAAACCCCAUUUUCAUUCACGGUCUUUGCAGUUCCCAACACUGUUUUCUUUUCGCUGACAAGUUUACUGUGCUGAAAGAGUUCCUGCCAAUAAGAGGAUCAAACUGACAUAAAUUUUGCAUGCUGUCCAAUCUCCCAAUCCAGCAAUUCUAGAUGAAUAACAUAAACCUCUAGACUCCUUGAUUUUCACUACUCUUUUUCUUUCCUACGGCAGCAGACACUGGAGUUACAGCAGUAUCAAGAUGGACCAACAAAACCAAAAUAACACUCCAGAUGGGUCUGGAGAUGUGCCUUUGAAGCGCAAACGUGGUCGUCCACGGAAGUACCCAAGGCCAGAUUCAGAGGAGAGUUCCUACAUCCUAGUUAGUCAAAACAAAAAGCAGAAUCCUGUUCGUGUUGAGCAAGCUCCAGGACCUCCUGGAUUUGAAGGGGUUAAUGGAAAUCAACAACUUCAAAGAGGCCAAGAGAAUCAUUCGAAUGAUGCGAUGGUUGGCCAGGUAGUUUCUGGUGUAAUUGAGGCUGUAUUUGAUGCUGGAUAUUUGCUCAGUGUUAGAGUUGGUGAUUCUGAUACUACUUUGAGGGGGCUAGUGUUCAAACCUGGAAGAUAUGUUCCUAUUUCAUCUGAAAAUGAUGUUGCUCCGACUGUUCCAAUGAUCCAAAGAAAUGAGGUUCCCUUUCCUUCAAGAACUGCUCAGGUUCAAACUCCUCUCCCAAAGGAAAGGAAUGAACAGCCUGUGAAUGUACAUAGAAUUGAAACUCUCACAAUGAAUGGGUCACCAUCUGUCCCUCAGGUGUCAAGAGGUGCUGUUAGUUCUAGUAACUUGGUUCCCUCUUCUGGAAAAAAUGUACCUUCUAUGACAGGCCAAACUGAUCAUCUACUAUCCAGAGGUAAUUUGGUGCCUGUAUUGCUCCAACCAAAUAAUUUUUCAAAUGGGGUGCCAGUUUCUAAUCAACCAUCACAAGUCAAGACCCAAGUUUCUCUAGGAAGUGGAGUGCUUGCCUCCAAAGAAAUUCCUGUACAUGGUACUCAAGCACUUACUUCUCAUACUCAAACUAGCCAGAGUUUGUUGUCAAGUGGUAUGCAAAGUGGUGAAGGUGUUCCACUCAAUCAAUCUUCAUCUCACGUGGUGAAUGAGACUGAGGCCAAAUCAAUGAAAAUGCCUAGCAUGCCUUUUGAGCAACUGGUUACUGAAGUUGUAAAGAGGAUCCAAGCUCCAUCAGAUGCCAUGGAUACUGAGACGGACAACAAGUCAGGUGAGAAUACAGUAGUGAAGGAUUCCACCAGUCGGCAGGAAGAUAAAGUUAAUGAUGUGGAUCAACCCAUUUUGAUUAAGCCUCUGCAAGCUGUACAGUCUCAUCCUCAAGAAAACUCAGGGUCUGCUCCCAACUCUUCAGACUAUAAUGAAAGUGGCAAAAUGACUGAGCUUUUGCAGGUUUUGCAGAAUAACAAAAUGGAGAACCAGACUUCCAAAGCAGCAGAGAUAGAAUCUGGAAACAAGUUGGAUGGUACAAGGAAUUUAGACACCGAACUUGAAGAUAGUGAAACUGUUCAAUCAACAACGCCUUUCUAAGCAUUGAGUGCAUGAUUUAUAAGUUUUUAUCAUCGCUGGUCCUUGUGCCAGCAGAUUUAUCUGUCAUGAAGUAGGUAAAUAUCUGGCAUAGUAAAAUAUUUAGGCUUUCUAGUUUUAGUCUCAUGGAUCUUAAAUAAUUAUAGACUUGCAAAGGUUUCUUAUUGGGUUUGUGGAGGAAAGGUAGCUUGUUACAGUUUUAUUUAUUGUUUUUAAAUUUGAGACCCUACCUUAAAAUUGGAUGUUAAUUACUUUCUUGUGAUCUUCACAAAGCAAUUAUUGCCAAAAACUUUAAAUUUAAUGUUUCAAGUCAUUUAUC